CCUUUAAAUCCCAGGGCAGCGGGUCCUUCAAGGCUAGCAUUGCAAUUUCAAUUAGCCGCUGAGUGAAAGCUUGGCAUGCGUAUUAGUGAGCAGGGACACAAUUAGCUUAUUCUUCCUUUCCAUAUUGUGUUGGGAGGAUCCAAAGGAUUGGUGGAGCAUCAGGCCAGCCAGGCAUCACUGGAUGUUGAAGAAGGGAGCUGCUCAAACCUCGACAUCUUCAUUUGCUCACACUGGAAUUACAGAGAUUUACUGCGAAGCACUGUGUGUGGCUUGGUGAAGGGUGCCUCGGGAACCACUCCGGAUUCCACUUGGACUGUGUCUUUUUGAGCACUUCACCGCUCAGUCCCAGUUCUCAUCGUUAGCAUGGAGCCCAACAGCCCCAAAAAGAUACAGUUUGCUGUGCCCUUAUUCCAGAGUCAGAUUGCUCCUGAGGCAGCAGAGCAGAUCAGGAAAAGAAGACCGACACCAGCCUCCCUCGUGAUUCUCAAUGAGCACAACACCCCAGAAAUUGAAGAGAAGAGAGUGAGCAACACACAGGAAGAACUGCAGAACGCAUCCCCUAAGCAAAGGAAGCAGAGUGUGUUCACGCCGCCUGCCCUGAAAGGGGUUAAGCAUCUGAAAGGCCAGAAUGGAUCAGCAUUCCCUGAAGAAGAAGAAAGGGACCAUGAAUAGCCCAUCUGCAGCAAGAAGACUUCUUGGGAAUAACUGGACUGUACGCUCUUCCGAUACCCAAGGCUCCGGCUCCAGCAUCCUCUCCCGCCCCAUCCUCACACCCGCAGCAGCGCGGUCCUCACGGAAGCCUGCCUGACUGAAUUGUUGUGAAACCCAGUGCAGAUUGUUGCGUACCCGCAGUAAAGAACGGGCACUUAUUUUAAAGCAGCUUUUCUUUUAAACUAAUCACACCUGGGAACCUGCUACCGUGGGAGUGCUCUCACUUUGACAUUGCCACAGCUUAAGUCCUCCUGACACGAUUGACGUUCUAACGUCAAAUGCAAACAGCCUUACUCUAAGAGAACAAAGUAAACACUACGUGCGCCCGGGCUAUGGGUAGUGGGGUGAGCGGAAGUGACUUGGGUCUGGGAGCUAAGCUAAUACCUUCACCUGGCCUGCUUCUGUGUAUAGGUCAGACCAGAGUUACUUCAUGAAGACAAUGGUAGGUAGAUGUCAGUCGUCUUGAUUCCACAUCAGAUAGGAAAUGGUUUUCCUCCAACUGUGUGUUAACGGCUAUAUAAACAAACAAGUAUCUCUUCAUUUCCUAGGUUGUGCAAUGUUGGUUUCUCAGCGUCAUCUAAUCAUUGAAAGAAAAUGCUACAUUUAUAAUAAAACAUGGCAAAUCUUUUCUGCUUUCUCUUUUUUUAACUGCCUGAAAUUAAGCCAUCUAUUUUGUAUUGCUUUUUGAUUGUCUGAGUUUUUUGUUGUGGCGGUUUCUUUUCCUGGUGCUAGAGAAUGAACCCAGGGCUUUGUCUAUGCAAAUAUUUACCCAUUAGACUCUGUCCUCAGUCAUAAUUGCAUUCUAAUAAGUCCCUAGUGUUUUAUCAUUCUUCUCUGUAAUGGAAUAAAAAUUAGUCUUGUUAAUUUAACCAGAGACUCACCCUUUAAUGCAGUAGCUACUUUUUGUUGAGUUUGCAAUUUUCUGUUAUCUUUGAGAUUAGUAUUACAUCAUUUCUCCCUUUCUCUUCCUCUCUUCAGCCUUUCCCCUCUGCCACUUCUCACUCCUUUUCAAGUUUGUGGCCUUUUUCAAAAUUAGUUGUGGUUACACACUUAUCAA